AUGGAGCGCCUGCUGCUCUACGCCCUGGCCCUCUGCCUGGGCCCCUCCCACGCCCAGCUGUGCCCCCCCCGCUGCACGUGCCAGAACCUGUCCCCCUCGCUGGCUGUCCUGUGCGCCCGGGCCGGGCUGCUCUUCGUGCCCGGGCUCCUCGACCGGCGCACGGCCGAACUGCGGCUGACGGACAACUUCAUCGCGGCCGUGCGGCGCCGGGACUUCGCCAACAUGACGCGCCUGGUGCACCUGACCCUCUCCCGCAACGCCAUCCGCCAGCUGGUGCCCUUCGCCUUCGCCGACCUGCGCGGCCUGCGGGCCCUCCACCUGGACGGCAACCGCCUGCCGGCCAUCGGGGCCCAGCAGCUCCGGGGCCUGCCCAACCUGCGCCACCUCAUCCUGGGCAACAACCAGCUACAGGCCGUGGCGCCCGGCGCCUUCGACGACUUCGCCGGCACCCUGGAGGACCUGGACCUGUCCUACAACAACCUGGCCCGGCUGCCCUGGGAGACCAUCCGUCGCCUUAGCAACGUCAACUCCCUCAGCCUGGACCACAACCUCAUCGCCCACGUGCCCCAAGGCGUCUUCGCCGACCUGCACAAGCUGGCCCGGCUGGACAUGACCUCCAACCGGCUGAAGAAGAUCCCCCCGGACCCGCUUUUCCUCCGCCUGCCCGUCUAUGCCAAGUCGAAGGGCUCGCCCCUCUCCUCCCUGGUGCUCAGCUUCGGGGGUAACCCCUUGCACUGCAACUGCGAGCUGCUGUGGCUCCGGCGCCUGGCGCGCGAGGACGACCUGGAGACCUGCGCCUCGCCGCCCGAGCUCCUGGGCAAGUACUUCUGGAGUGUCCCCGAGGAGGAGUUUGUCUGCCAGCUGCCCGUCAUCACCCACCACACGGGCCGGCUGGCGGUGACGGAGGGCCAGGCGGCCACCUUGCGCUGCCACGGGGCGGGCGACCCCGAGCCAGCGGUGCACUGGCUCUCUCCGGAGGGGAAGCUGGUGGCCAACAGCUCCCGGACGCUGGCCUACGAGAACGGCAGCCUGGAGAUCCUGGUGGCCGCCGUCCAGGACGCCGGCGCCUUCACCUGUGUGGCUUCCAACGCUGCUGGUGAGGCCACCGCCUCCGUGGAGCUGCAGGUCAGCCCCUUGCCCCAGCUCGCCGACGGCACCCGCCCCCCAGCGCCCGGGCCCUCCGAUAUCCUCACGUCGGCCAAGGCGGGCGCCAACGGGAGCGCUGCCCCGCGAGACGGGGGGGUCCUGGCCUCCGAGCUCUCGGCGUCCUCCGCCCUCAUUCGCUGGGUCCCGCCGCGGCCCGGGCCUGGCGUCCGCAUGUACCAGGUCCAGUACAACAGCUCCUCCGACGAGACCCUGGUGUACAGGUGA